CUUCUCAGGCUCUUACAGCGAUGAAAAGCAAAGACUCCGCCCAAGACUUGGUCGACAUCUGCACCCAGCGUGGUGCGACUGAUCUUGGCUUCUCGCGCAUCAUAAAUAAAGACGGACAGGAUAUCGAUGAGCGACCUGCAUUGCCUUCGCGAACUGCUGCGCGGGACCAAGGCCACUCUGCUGUCUUAUCAAACGGCUGACUCGGACGGAGACUAGUGCCGUAAUGUAGAUGACUUGAUAAAACACCCUCCAA